AUGGUUUUGUACACGACCCCCUUUUCUACUAGCUGUCUGUCCGCCCUGCACACCGUGUCCUGGGUCCUCAUCUCCCCAUGCUACUGCCUGCUGGACCGACUCCUGACCCCCUUCACUUCCAUCAAAGGCGACAAGCGGCGCCGGGCUGAGAGCCGGUGCUACGUCCAGCUUCUCUGCAUCAUCCUCUUCACACCCAUUUACCUGGCACUCCUUGUCGCUGCACUGCCCUUGGCCUUUCUUGGCUUCCUCCUCUGGUCCCCUCUGCAAUCUGUCCGCAGGCCCUACAUCUACUCACGGCUGGAGGACAAGGGUCCUGGCGGUGGGGCAGCUCUGCUUGGUGAAUGGAGGGGUACAGGUACUGGCAAAAGCUUCUGCUUCGCCACCGCCAACCUCUGCCUCCUCCCCGAAUCACUUGCCAGACUCAACAAUGUUUUCCACAUCCAAGCACGGGCCAAAGAGAUCGGGCAGAGAAUCCGCAAUGGGGCCAGCCGACCUCAGAUCAAGAUCUACAUUGAUUCCCCCACCAACACCUCCAUCAGUGCAGCCAGCUUCAGCAGCCUGGUGUCCCCGCAGGGCAGCGAUGGCGUGGCCCGGACCGUUCCGGGGAGCAUGAAGAGGACAGCCUCGGUGGAGUACAAAGGUGAAGUCGGGGGCAGGCGCUGCUCUGCGGAGGAGGCUGUGAAUGGCCCCGCCUCUGGGGACCCUACCAACAGCAGCAGCCUAGAGGAUGCCUGCAUUGUGCGCAUUGGUGGUGAAGAGGGGGGCCGGCCCCCUGAAACAGAAGAUUCUGCCCCCGGGAGCCAGACCAAGAACGGAGGCAGUGGGGGCCAGAAGGGCCAGACGCCCAACCACAGUCAGCGGGAUGGGGACUCGGGGAGCCUGGGCAGCCCCUCGGCCUCCAGGGAGUCCUUGGUGAAGGUGCGAGCCGGGGCAGAUGGCAGUGGCGGGGAGCCAGGUGCCACCAACAGCAAGCUCCUAUACAAGGCCUCGGUGGUGAAGAAGGCCGCUGCGCGCAAGAGGCGGCACCCAGACGAGGCCUUUGACCACGAGAUCUCAGCCUUCUUCCCUGCCAACCUGGACUUCCUGUGCCUGCAGGAGGUGUUCGACAAGCGGGCAGCCGCUAAGUUGAAAGACCAACUGCAUGGCUACUUCGAGUACAUCCUGUAUGACGUCGGGGUCUAUGGCUGCCAGGGCUGCCGCCACUGCCACGGCUGCUGCAACUUCAAGUUUCUCAACAGUGGCCUCUUCUUCGCCAGCCGCUACCCCAUUAUGGACGUGGCCUAUCACUGUUACCCCAACGGGCGGUGGGAAGACGCCCUGGCCUCCAAGGGAGCGCUGUUCCUCAAGGUGCAGGUGGGAAGCACACCUCAGGACCAAAGAAUCGUCGGGUACAUCUCCUGCACACACCUGCAAGCCCCACCAGAAGAUAGCACCAUCCGCUGCGAGCAGCUGGACCUGCUUCAGGACUGGCUGGCUGAUUUCCGAAAAUCUACCUCCUCGUCCAGCACAGCCAACCCCGAGGAGCUGGUGGCAUUUGACAUCAUCUGCGGAGAUUUUAACUUUGAUAACUGCUCCUCUGACGACAAGCUGGAGCAGCAGCACUCCCUGUUUGCGCGCUACAAGGAUCCCUGCCGCCUGGGCCCCGGGGAGGAGAAGUCAUGGGCCAUCGGCACCUUGCUGGAUACCAAUAAUCUCCAUGAUGAGGAUGUGUGCACCCCAGACAAUCUGCAGAAGGUCUUGGAAAGCGAGGAAGGCCGCCGCGAGUACUUGGCAUUCCCACCAAGCAAGUGCGCUGGAGUGGGCACCAAGGGGCGCAAGGACCUGCUGAAGGGGAAUGGCCGCCGCAUCGACUACAUCCUGCUCGGGGAGGAGGGCCUGGGCCCCGACUGGAAGGCCGAAGUGGAAGAAUUCAGUUUUAUCACCCAGCUGUCGGGCCUGACUGACCACCUCCCAGUAGCCAUACGGCUGAUGGUGUCCGCCAGCGAGGAGGAGGCGGUAUAG